CCCAUCAAGCACGCAGUUGAGGGAGAGAGCUCGGUGGGAAUAGCGCCCUCUCUUUUCCCCCGAGCUGCCUUUUAUUUUCUUACUCUCCAGGGCUGUCUUGUCUGGCUCAUCUCUAACCUUGCCACGCCUGCUCUCCCCCCCCUCCACCCUGCCCUCCUGUCCAGGCCAAUUCUUCUCGUUCUCUCAAUGCAUUUCCAUCGCCAUGCGUUUCACAACCAGUGCCCUAAUCCCCCCUGCGCAUGCGUCUUGUGUGAUCAGCCUCGGGAAUAGACCAGUUCGGAAGUCGUCUCUGUGGAGCUCCUGCGUUGGUUGAAUUGACGUGUGAUUUUGGGUUUUGGCGGGGGGAUUCUGGGGAUUGGAGGUGGACGGGGGACGUGGGUGCAAGGGCAUGGGGAUUGAGAGUGUGAACGGUGGUUCAUGAAGAACGCCAUGGUGCAUUUGAUUGCGCACUGGUACCGGGGGUGGUGUUUGAGAGAGGUGGUGCGACGGGGGAAGUUUCAUGCUGCUGUGGUUUCAGAUGUUUUUGAUUACAGCAUCCGUCAGCACCCGGUUGUGAAGGAAAGGAAGUCCUUUGGAGCUGAGCGCUUCAUUUUAUUGUCAUCUUGUGCCACCAGUGGUUUAUUGCACAUAGAUUUUGGCAAAGCACAUGGCUUUCAUUCAGCUACUCAAGAUGCUCGUGCUCCUACAAGAUGGCAGACUUAUGACCCGGUGGCGUUUCAGAAAUAUUAUCGCUACAGACCUUUUCCGGUUGCAUUUCGAGCAAUGACAAUUGUCUUUGAGAUUGGCAUGCUGACAUUUUGGCACUUUGUUCAGAAGGACAUUCAGAAGCGGGCAGAGAAGCUACGUUGCAGUCUAAUUCGUCUGGGCCCAUUUUACAUCAAGGUCUGUGCUUGGAAUUUGCAGCUUGGGCAGGCUUUGAGUACACGGCCUGAUAUCCUACCACAUGUUUACUGUCAAGAGCUUGCGAAAUUGCAGGAUCGAAUUCCUCCAUUUCCAACGUUGGAGGCGUUAAAGUUUUUCGAAAGUCAGUUCGGAAAACCUGCUUCACAAGUAUUCGCUGAAAUUUCGCAGAAACCUGUUGCCGCUGCGUCUCUUGGUCAGGUGUACAGAGCACGGUUACACUCUGGAGAGGCUGUAGCUGUGAAAGUGCAAAGGCCAGGCGUACCUGAAGUAUUAGCGCUCGAUGCUCACCUAUUGCGCAUGCUUGGAGGUCAGAUGCAGAAAUUCGCGGGAACACGAAGUGAUCUUGUGGCAGUUGUGGAUGAAAUGGUUGGACAUAUGUUUGAGGAAGUGGAUUAUAUCAAAGAAGGUUACAAUGCAGAACGUUUCGCUGCUCUUUUUGGACUCCGCGCUCCCUCAAAAAGUGAACGAUCCUCAGCAAGUAAUCGACAAAAUCAUCAUUAUGGCUCAAGAUCUAGCCAAAUGGUGAGAGACUUCUAUGGAAAUAGUGGAGAUGGCGUAGUAAAAGUUCCAAAAAUAUACUGGGAGUAUAGUUCUAAGGGAGUGUUGACGAUGGAGUGGAUUGACGGUAUAAAGCUUACUGAUCGAGAUUCUUUACUUGCAUCUGGUUUUGACAUCCAACACCUUGUUGAUCAGGGAGUAUUAUCAUCCCUUCGACAACUGUUGGAGGAGGGUUAUUUUCAUGCUGAUCCACAUCCAGGCAAUGUUGUAGUUACAAGGGAUGGCGUGUUAGCCUAUUUUGACUUUGGAAUGAUGAGUGAAUUGCGUCGGGAGUACCGAAUUGGUUUGAUUCGUACAUUAAUACACUUCGUUAAUCGGGAUUCUGAGGGACUCGCCAGAGACUUUGUGAUGUUAGACUUUAUUCCGGUAGGUACAGACCUAGAGCCAGUAGCUCGUGAGCUCCGUUUAUCUUUUGGAGACGAAGGAGCUAAAGUUCAGAUGGAUUUUCAGGGUGUCAUGAAUCAACUUUGGGCGGUGAUGUAUAAAUUCCAGUUUCGUUUAUCUCCUGAAUACGCUAUGGUGGUUCGAGCUCUUGGAUCUUUAGAAGGAACAGCAACCACCCUGGAUCCUGAUUUCCAAGUUGUAGCUAGUGCAUAUCCGUUCAUUGUAGGUAGGUUAUUGGCGGACUCUGAUCCUCAGAUGCGAGAAACUUUAAGGGAACUGCUUAUACGGAAAAAUGGCUCUAUUCGAUGGCAUCGACUAGAACGCCUGGUGGUAGCAGUAGCAGAUCAGUCUGCGCCUGUAACUACCGUGACUAAAAAAGAGAAGGGACAGGUUGGACAAGAUGGAUUUGGGCACCAAAGGGCAGGGGGUAUAAGAGGAGCUUUUGACUCCCGUGCUGUGGCUUCCGCUACCCUGGACGUGAUGAACUUCAUUUUGUCUGGGGAAGGCUCAAGAGUUAGGGUAUUGCUAGUUAAAGAUAUUGUUAGGACUUUCUCUGCUAAUUUGAAGCAUUAUUAUUUGGAUUCUAUGAAGCUGGAAAAGGAUCCUGUGUACACAGAAUAUGCUGGUGAAAGUUUGAAAUCGGAACCAGCUGGUGAGCCAGAAGUAGGACAACAAACUGCAGGAAAUUAUUUCAAAUGGAAGGACUGGGUAAUAUAUGGACCUAGUACAUUUGCCAACCCCUUAUUGUGGAGCAAAACACGCCUGUUACGUCUGUGGGGCAGCAGGCAAGGGAUGUGGAGCUCCAGUAGAAAAGACACAGUCUCUUCUGCCAAGCAGGAUGAGCUAGGUGGUGAUCAAAUGGAUUCUCAUUCUCCAAAGGCCCCAAAUGUGGGCCUUCCUGUUGAGGGGAAUAAUCACCGCCUCAGGGCAGAAAAACAAAAAGUAACUCCUAAGUUGGACAAUUUUCCCGGGCGGGUAGAAGCAGGAUUACUUGCAUUUGUCAAAGCUGUGGAGGCAAAUCCAGAGGUUUGGAUUCCCUUGAUGGCUCAGUUGGGAGCGAAACCUGAGGCUCGGGCUCUUGGCUGUGAAGUGACUAAUGCCUUAGCUGAAUCCUACUGCAAUGAAACAGCAGAGGCAUUCUUUCUGUACAUAUCAAAGCAGCUGCAUGAAUCAAGCCAAUGCUAAUUUUAUCAAUUUCUCCGACUAGCAUUCACCUGUGUAAUUGCAAUACCAUAAUCAAGAACGAAACAAAUUGUUUCCCACAAAGA